GGGAAGGGAAAAGGGAGGGAAUGGCGUCUGGGAGCCUGGGCAGACUUGAAGCGUGGAGAUCUUGAUGAAAAGCGGCAGAUUGAUGAUCACUUCGACACUCAUCUGCUUGCAUAUCGGCAGUGCAGCAUCAGGGGAGGCUAUUCCUCUCGUCAGGAGGUCAGCAAGCGUCGCCCCGCCAUUCAUCCAUCGGCUCCCGGCAGACGUUGCAACGCCGCAGUUCUUGCAGAGGACAACUGGUGGCCGCCGGCACCAUGCUAAGAAGCUUCAACCACUUGUCUGGCCCGCAGCCUUGUCACGGCUUUCUGCAAAACCCACACAAGCCGAGCAAGAGCAGCAGACGAAAGCGCCAGACGCGUCAUUCGAGCCCAUCAGCAGCACUGACGCCGAGUCGCCAGCGCUCCGGCCUUUCGUGAUUCUUGCGGUACUGACCCUGGUCUAUCUCUCCAAUCAAUGGUCCCGCACUUUGCUUUACUAUCUGGUGGAUUUCAACGACUCCGUCAGCGAGUCCCUUGGCCCACCCACCGAGGCCGCCAGGCGGCUGAUCAACAUCGACCUGGGCUUUGACGAGAAGCAGUACUCCUUCAUCGCCUCGUUCGGCUUCACCAUCUUCUUCUCGGCAGCAGGCUUCUUUGCUGGUGGACAGGUGGACAAGAUGAGUCGGAGAGUCGCCACAGGGCUGCCGGCACUCGGAUGGGCGGCCAUGACGGCUCUUCAGGCUGGGGCGCAGUCGUUUGGUCAGCUGUUUGGCCUCAGGGUGGGCCAGGGGGUGUUCAUGGCAUUCACCACGCCCGCUGCUUACGCGCUGCUGGCCGAUAUUUUCCCCGCGAACCAGCGGGCGACGGCCAACUCCUUCUACGUGUCGGCCGUCUAUCUGGGGCAGGUCACUCAGCAAUUGCACAGCCGCCACACACACUCACUCACUAACAAUGAAUGGCUGGUUGCUGUGUGUGUUUGUGGGUGUGGUUGCAUGCAGUAGGCCCUUGCCUCGCUGAGUAUCCUUCUGAAUGAGCAGCUCGGCUGGAGGGCGGUCACGAGUAUCGUGGCUGCCUUCGCAGCGACGUCGGGCAUCCUAUCCCUCCUCCUGGUUACCGACCCACGUGACGCCACUGCAGGCAGCCAGAUGGCGAGAACGAUCGACGAAGACAAAGCCGGCCAGGGGAGGGAGGAGGGAGAAAGGAGAGAGGUGGGCGUGCUGGGCACGUGGGUGGAUCAGAGGAGGGUGGUGGGGGAGGUCCUGUCGUCUGAUGUCGUGAAGCUCGUGAUACUCGCCUCGGUCGUGAGAAUCGCGGCUGGCCUCUCAAUCGGCGUGUGGAAGGUCAGCUGGCAACACACGUAUCUAUGUUAACAAGAAGAUGUAUGUGUCCAUGCGAUUUGCUGCAACAGGGCCCACUGUAUCGCGCCUGCUUCCCCGACAGCAUGGCGGCCUUCUCUGUGCUGAAUGCUGGCAUCGUUGGUGCCGUAGGGGCGGGGUCUUCUCUGCUGGGCGGCGCUCUUGCCGACAGGCUCGCCGAGAAGGACGAGAGCAUCCGCGCGUGGAUCCCAGCUGUCGGUAGGCGGCAGAUGCAGAGAGAGAGAGAGAGAGAUAGAGAGAGAGAGAGAAGCUAGCCGUGGGUGUUUGCCAUGUGUCCCUGCACUUGCUGCACUGUCCAUCCAUCAGGGUCAUUCUUGGCUGCUCCGCUGUGGAUGGGCGUGUGUCUGGCGGACAGUUUCGAGCUGUCGGCCUUCCUGCUGUUGCUCGAGUAUCUUGCCGCGGAGUGCUGGUUUGGCCCGACUGUAGCAAUACUACAGGUGGGCAACACUGAGUGCCUCAAUGCCAUGCCACCAAUGCAUUCAUUCAAUGUGUGUCUUGUCUUGUGUUUGGUACGUCACCUCACCGGUCAGUCCAACACGCCCAGUCAGUACAGGGGGACGGCACAAGGUGAGGUGCGCACAUCCAUCCAUGCCCCCCUCAGCAUUGCACGCUGCGUCUGUCUGUCUGUGUGUGUCUGUCUGUCUGUCUGUCUGUUCAGGGCUCUUUCAGUUCAGUAAUCUCCUCAGCAACACACUUCCAGUGGUCAGCAGCCGAGCCACCAAGCCCGAGAAUCCUCUCUGCAUCCACUGAUGUCCUUGCUGCGACGUUCAUGUGUUCGUUCAUUGCUGCAGCUGCUGGGAAGUCUGAUGACGUCCUUUGCCCUGAAAGAUGUGGUGGCCUGGGGGGUGGCUGCCGCCUACAUGGUAUCCGGCGGCCUCUUUGUGGCAUUGGGGCAGAGGAUCAAGGCUGCCACAGCCGCUCCUGGAGGGGGGCGGGUGGAUGCGAAUAUUACCGAUGCGACAAUGUAGUAAGACAAUCAGAGGGCCUCACGCAGGGACUCAUCACUCCUUGAUUCAUAAGGCAGGCUGCCAGCCUCAGAUCUUGCUGUUCUGGGUGCGACGGCCCUGUCUUGAGGACUCUGACAGGACUCAGAGUCCUGUCCAGCUCGUAGCCCUCACGCAUCGUCAGCUCCCGGAGGAGAUAGCGCAUCUGCUGCACCGCCUUCGCCAUUCAUGUGAUUGAGGGAGAUCGUAGCCUCUGACUGCAGACAUUCACCGACCGUUGACUUGCUGAUUCAUGGGUGAUGUACAAUGUAUGCUGUCGUUAAAGACAUUCCAAAACCA